GAUUACGCAUUGUGAGAACCACAAGCGUUCUCUGGUGCUAUUGUGGCGACUGAAUUGCUUUCCAGUACCAGGGUAUUUAGUUAAGCAGAUUGUGUUUCCUUCACACCCAGCGAUGAUCUCUCCUUGACGGCGGCUGGUGACAAGUGGCUUGAAGAGGCGAGGAGGACAGCAAGAAUCACACAAACAGAGAUAUGAGCGUGCAUAUAAAUCGCAUCAUAACAAGAUGGGAUGCAGCACUGCCAGGAACAAGAGUUACUGCGCCGGUGAGUGAAGAAAUAGUAGCUGUGGACCGGUGAGACCUUUAUCUUCUGUCCACUAACCAUGGGAAACACAGAGGAAAUGCAUGGAUGGACUGUAAAAAUGAGCACGCCCAGCGUUUUGGCUGUGGUGACGGUCUUCUCCAUGAUUCCUGGCGGGGUGCUGAGUGAUAUGAGAGGCUCUCAGGGCCUGGAAACCCAACAACUGGCCCAGGGGUCCUCUCAUCUGCAUCGUCGCCUGAGGAGAGGCUGGAUCUGGAAACAGCUGUUUGUCCCCGAGGAAGAUCCCACUCCUCGAGUUAUUGGCCAGCUCAAAUCCGACUCUGACCGAGGCGAGUAUUCCAUCAAGUACGUGUUAUCAGGAGAAGGUGCCGGAGAUGCAUUUGAGAUAGACGAGUAUUCCGGUGAGAUCCGGACGCUGAAGAAGCUCGACCGCGAGGAAAAGGCCUUCUAUGUCCUUCAAGCUCAGGCGAUCAACAGGAGGUCCAACGAACCAGAGGAGCCCCAGUCGGAGUUUAUCAUCAAGGUGCAGGACAUCAAUGACAAUGUGCCCCAGUUCCAAAAUGAGCCGUAUGUGUCCAGCAUCCCCGAGAUGUGUCCGACUGGGACCACAGUGGCCCAGGUGACAGCCACAGAUGCUGAUGAUCCCAUGUUCGGCAACAACGCCAAGCUCAUCUACUCCAUCCUGCAGGGGGAGCCCUACUUCUCCGUGGAGCCCAAGACGGGGAUUAUUGUAACGUCCUGGCCGAACAUGGACCGUGAAGCCAGAGAGCAGUACCUGGUGGUGGUGCAGGUGAAGGAUAUGCUGGGCCUGAGCGGCGGCUACUCCUCCUCCACCACGGUUACCGUCAGCCUGACUGAUGUGAACGACAACGGACCCACAUUCCAGCACCAUCUUUACACCUUUGUCGUGCCUGAAAAUGCACCGAUGGGCACCACAGUUGGCCGAAUUAUGGCGGAGGAUGGAGACAUUGGCAUUAAUGCCAAAAUGACCUACAGUCUGGAGGAUGAUCUGGAAGAAAGCUCCACUUUUAUCAUCCAAACGGAUCCAUUGACACAGGAGGGAGUGAUUCUGCUAGUCAAGCCACUGGAUUAUGAAUCCAAGAGACGUUUCGUCAUGGCGGCAGAGGCGGUCAAUGACCAUGUGGACACUCGUUUCCUGGCUCUGGAGGAGUUCAGCGACAGGACGACGCUCAAGAUAGUGGUGGAGGACGUGGACGAGCCGCCUGUCUUCCUCUCGCCGCUCUACGAGUGGAAAGUUCCCGAGAAUGCAGCUGUGGGAACUGUGGUUGGCAGCGUUAGCGCCAGAGACACUGACACAGUCAACAGUCCCAUCAGAUACGCAAUUGACAAAAGGAACGAUGCCACAAAAGCUUUCAAAAUAGAGCCAAACAAUGGGACUAUAACCAUCGCUAAAGCUUUGGACCGAGAGACUUCAAACUGGCACAAUGUGACUGUCGAAGCCAAGGAAAUAACGCGGAACCAUUUAUCCUCCUCUGUGGUGGUGUUCAUCAAAGUGCUGGACAUAAACGACAAUGUGCCAAGGCUUGCAAGAGAUUACCAGCCAUAUAUCUGUGAAGGGACGCAGGCGGGAGAACUCAUUCAGCUGCUCAGUGCGGUUGAUCCAGACGACCCUGUGGAGGGACACCACUUCUACUUCUCUAUGGUCCCCGAGAAGCACAUCAAUCCAAACUUCACUAUCAGAGAUAAUCAAGACAAUACGGCCGGCAUCGUGGCACGAAGGAGCACUUUCACACGCAAGGAUCGAACCCAGUACCUCCUACCGGUGGUGGUGGCGGACAGCGGCUCUCCGGCCCUCUCCAGCACCAGCACUUUGACCAUCAGCGUCUGCAGCUGUCAGCCUGCAGGCCACUGUCCCUCAGGAGGGGUGGAGGCGCUGGCCCUGUCUAUGGGGCUCAGCAUGCAAACCUUGGUAGGGAUUCUGGUCAGCCUGGUCACACUCACAGUGCUGUCAGUUCUAAUGCUGAUGGUGAGGAGACACAGGCGGAAACAGCAGGAGGGGCUGGAGGUGGAGGUGAGGGAGCUGGAGCUGCCGGAGACGGUGUCGCAGAAGGUGCUUUAUUACGGAGAAACGGGAGGAGCGGGAGGUGGAGGAGGAAGGGCCAACCUGGACUUGUGCCAGCCCGUCGUCCCGCUGCGACCUCACCCCAGGAGGAGGGAGAGGAGGCUGAGGAGGGAGGACGUCAGGGCCAGCAUUCGGAUGUCUCUCCGGGAGUCACACCUCAUUGGGCCUGAGGACGAGGUCUUCAGGCAGUUUAUUCUGGACCGGCUGGCCGAGGCUGAUCAGGAUCCUUACGUUCCCCCUUUUGACUGCCUGAGAACUUAUGCAUAUGAAGGGUCAGGGUCUCCCACAGGGUCCCUGAGCUCACUGGAUUCUUCUACUUCGGAGGUUGGACCUGAGCAACCCGUCUCUAAUCCCAGACCUUAUUUAGUAAGACUCACCCCUUGGUAUGGAGGAGGAGAGGAGGACACAGUCUUCUGAGGAGUCAUUUUUGCCUCAUAGACGAGGGCAGUGCAUGUCCGAUAAACACUCAUCGACAAUGAUGUAAAGAUCGCAUUCUGUUUCAAAGAGUUGACUUGAACAACAAGUUUGUUACGAUCAGUUUCACUUUUUAAAUUUGGCUUCAGAAGUACUGGUUGGCAGAUUCCCUUACCUUUGGGCAGAGCUAGGCUACCUGUUUCUCCAUUUUUUUCUAAGCUAAGCUCAGCUAACUUGGCUGUGAGAAAGGGAACUCUUCUAAAAUGUUGGACAGUUCUUUUUUUAAUACAAAAUCAAGACCUACUGCUGGCAUGCUAUAUACUACUGGACCAGAUUUUGUUUGCUGUAUUUUUUAUUCUAUGUACAGCUGUUCUACAACUUAAACAACUUCAUUACUUUACAGUGGAGUUUGGAAGCAUUAAUGACUAACCAAAUGUUUGAUUAGAUCAAAUGUUGCUUAUAAUAAAUGUGUCACUGCCUUAAAAUCAAAUAGGAAUGGAUGGCCUACCAUUUUGCAUCAAUCAAAUGUCAUCAAUCUUUAUAUUUUAUGUCAUACAUCAGAAGUCAAGCUGCAAAGUUGGUUAUGGAAAGCAUUCCCUAAUCUCCAGAGACAACAGUUUGCAUCCCGUCUCCUACUAAAAGCCAAAGAUCAUUUUGCUCUCCUAAUCUUAGAGCUGCAUUUUUAUUUUCUUUUUGACAGAACAAGCUGAAAACAUUGACAACAUAUAUAAUAUAUUACAUAGUAAAGGUCAGCUACAGUUGACUCCACACACAAGCAGCAGAGAUGGAGCAACAAGGUCACUUAAAAAAUAUAUAAUUUCAGUAUUUUGAACCCUGUUUUGUUCUCCACCUCUUGAGAGCUAUAUAGCUUGUUAGCUUGGUGACUGCACCACCACUAGUAUAUUCAGCUCUGUGUGUUGUGCUGCGCUGGGUAGGGAGUGCACAGCGGCUUUAUUAGUGUUUUGCUGAAAAGAGCUCCCUGCUGCAGCUGGAAAAGGACUGUUGAAGACUGUGUUUUUAGGCUGGAAUACCAAAACAAUGCGUGUAAAGAGGCUAAAUGUGCUCUUAAAGUCGAGGGAAAAUAUCUGAUUUGUAAUUGAAAAUGUUAUAUGGUUUGUUUUGAGGUGUGCAAAUAUUAACUGCAGUAUUACUGACCUGUGAAUUUUUAAUUUCUGGUGUUAUAUUAUUCAGUUCUUGUCAUGUUGCUGUUUUAUAUUUGGCAUUCUGGCUUGUAUGUGCAUUAUGGAAUAUGUAAGUUAUUGUGUAGUCCCCAUGGAUAUGUCAACAUAUUUUUCUAAAUGGAGAUUUUGUUUCUCGAUUACCCUAAAUCUCACAGAAAUUAAAGUUUAUAUACAGAGAGUAUGCAUUAAAUAUUAAGCAUUUAACAUGAA